CAGGAUCAUAAAUAAAUGCCCCUCACACACUCAUGCUCAUAGACAGACCCGUACAGCCUUAGUCCCACAAAGAAACACCAGUGGAUAAAAGAGAAAUUACAGUAGAGUAAUAUGGACGUGUAAAAGCUGGUUUUGAUGAUCACAUUGCAUUGCCAAACAGCUUUUGGGGAUAUGAACACAGUUAUUGGCACAGACAAUUCAGAAAUUCUGCAAUGAAAUCACACUCUAAGUCAGUGAUUUCAACAGUCAGGAUCUGAUUCUACAAGAGGUCAGUGGAUUUUUCAAAGACUGGGGCACAAUUUCCUGAAAAAAACAUUUCUUGCAGCUUUAUCUAAAUGAAUUCAGACUCUGUUGCAAUGACAGAUCUCUUUGAAAAGAUGCAGAAACCGGAGACAGUGUGCAUCUUUGGAACGGGUGAUUUUGGACGCUCGCUGGGGCUCCGUUUGCUCCAGUCAGGAUACAGUGUUGUCUAUGGAUCCCGGGACCCUAAAAACUCUCUGUUGUUGCCUAAGGGGUCAAAGGUCAUGACUCAUGCAGCAGCAGCUUGUGAAGCUCAUGUGGUGUUCGUGGCUGUGCAAAGGGAGCACUAUGGAUUUUUGAGCUCCAUGGUUUCAGAUCUUGAAGGAAAGGUGCUGGUAGAUGUCAGCAAUAAUCUCAAGAGGGGUCUGUACCCAGAGUCCAAUGCAGAAUACCUGAGCAGGCUGGUUCCAGGGGCAACGGUAGUCAAAGCCUUCAACACCAUCUCUGCCUGGGCACUGCAGUCUGGAGGACUAGAUGCCAACAGACAGGUACUUCUCUGUGGAGACCGUUCUGAUGCUAAACAGCAAUUGAUGGACAUUGCUCAAAGUCUCGGUUUCACUGCUGUGGACAGAGGCUCCCUCCGGGUGGCUGCUGAUUUAGAAGAUCUGCCAUUGCAACUCUUCCCUCUCUGGAGACUUCCUCUCAACAUCGCCAUUUGUUUAACAGCUUUCAUAUUCUUCUACGCGCUCACAAGAGAUGUUAUCUAUGAGCGUGUUACCAAUGGUAAAGACAUUGCUUUUCGAAUAAUGAUCUCGCUGGCCAACAAGGCCUUUCCCAUCGUUUCUCUGGUGAUGCUGUCCCUCUGUUACCUGCCGGGCGCGAUGGCUGGAUUUCUGCAACUAUAUAAUGGCACCAAGUACCGUCGCUUCCCUGAUUGGUUGGAUCGCUGGAUGCUGUGCAGGAAGCAGCUAGGUCUACUAGCGCUGGCCUUCGGUUUUCUGCAUGUUCUCUACACUUUAGUUAUACCCAUCAGAUACUAUGUACGCUACAGGAUAAAUGUCUAUACUAUAUCACUGGUAAAAGAUAAUACAACCUAUGAGUUUGACAACACGGCAGCCUGGCGUUAUGACUCCUACUACUCCAUGGGAAUUCUUGGAUUUGGGCUGUUUGUCCUACUAGGAAUUACAUCCCUUCCAUCUGUGAGCAAUUCCCUAAACUGGAGGGAGUUCAGUUUCGUACAGUCUAAACUAGGCUACAUCACCCUGCUGCUCUGUACUGCUCACACAUUUCUGUAUGGCUGGGACAGAUUUUUGAAACCUUCAUCAUAUAGGUGGUGGAUGCCUCCAGCAUACAUGUUGUCUCUGGUGGUCCCCUGUGUGGUCCUGAUUCUAAAGCUUAUCCUGAUCACUCCAUGCGUGGACAGCAAGGUCACCCGUAUCCGUCAAGGCUGGGAGAGACAGGGCAAGACUUUAGCAAACGGCAGAGAUACAAAGACAAACCAACCACUCAUGGCGUAACCAUCUUUAAACUUCAUGAAAACUGUCUGGGCUUUCCUGUCUGCUCAUCUUUCUCUCUCUUGUGAAGUAUAAAGGAACUGUCAAUCACAUUGGCAUUCACUGGUGGACGCUGGUCCUUUCUGUUUAGUGCUUUUAUGAAGAAUUGCAGGCUGCUAAGAGUGUAGCUUAGACAAAAAUAGUAAGACUCAUUUUAUGACUAAUAUUUCUGAAAACCUGUGGGCGCACCUUUGAAGAAAAAUAAUAACUUCACUUAUUCAGAACACAACAGUCAGUGUGUUUAUCAAUAAUUAUUGGAUAUUCACUUUGAUUUUAUUUGUUUAUGACAUAUAUAUAAAAUUACAAAAAAAGUCAUAGCACUCUGAAAUUUAUAUUUGCAUUAUUUAAAAAAUAAUUAUUAUUAUGCAUGAAAAUUUGGAAGGUCUUAUUAGUCAUCACUAGCAAAAUCAUGCUGAAAACACAUUUCAAAUAAAACUGUUUGUAUCUGUUUGGACAAAUUAAGGAACACUUUAUUGGUUUUAUUGAAUUUUGUUGAAUGCAAUCAAGAUGUUUGAUCAGGUUUUAGGCAUCAUAAACUGUCCCUCCUCCCUUGUUAUAACUAAAUUACAGAUGCAUAUCUAAUAUCCACUUCUGGUUUAACCAGUUAUAAUUACUUAUAAAUAUAAUUCAAUUUUGAGCUAAUUUGCUACAUACACACACACACACACACACAUACAUAUAUAUUAGUGCUGUCAAAAUUAGCGCGUUAACGCAUUCGAUUAAUUUGAAAUAUUUAACGCGUUAAAAUAAAAUAACGCAAUUAACGCGGUUGCAGUUUUUUUUAUUUCCAGUUGUGGCCUAUGUGUGUUCAACGUGCAAAGAAAUAUGGAUAAGACCAAGGAAGGACUUUUAGACGGAAAGUUUCAGUAUAAAACUCUGCCGGAUUACUCUUCAGUCUGCCACAAGAAACAUUACUCUUCAUUUAGUCUGCCACAAGAAACAGCAACAUUAAAAUCAUGAACUCAAAUGUCAUUGUUUAAAAAAAAAAAAAAAAAACAAUGACUGUAACAGUGCGUAAAUCAGACCUUUCUGUAACGCUAAUGUUAAUAAGCUUAAACGAAAAUAACGAAAUAAUUGUGUAGCGGAGUAUUUUUUGUACACAGUGCCGCGAACUGUCAAUCACUCCUGUACGCGUGCAUCACUGUCCUCCUCGCAGCUGCAGCAACUUGCGCUCUCUCUCUUCAUCAAGCUUUAAAACAAAAAGGGGACAAAAAGAUCAUAUUGUCUUUGUGCAUAGGCUAUAGAUUAAUUAGAUAAAUGAAUAUCUAAAUUUGUGCCUUGCCGUCUACGGUAUUUUUUUAGAACUUAGAAAAAAGAUGCUGCAGCCAAUGAACAGCCAGCGGGGGCUGCAGGACGACUCAACCUCCGCAGACAGUUUUUAAUGUUUAUCAGACAAUAAAUACUCAAGAUUUUGCUUUAGUAUAACACACAACGAGUUUCACACACCUUCUCCGGCCACGUUGAGUUGUUGACACUUAACAGUGGGAAAAGCGACACAUGCGCUAUUCACUUGUAUAACUUAAGGGUGAAUGAGUAAUGUAGUUUCUGCUCUCGGUGGGAUGAAUUAGGAAGCUUGCAUUGUGAAGGGCGCUCUGAAAAUCGGCAGUGCAGGUAAAAGAUUAAAACCUCUAUUAAAACAGAUGUCCAAAUGAGCGUACCGGUACGCUACAAGCAAGUUCUGGGCGCACGGAGAGGUGGCGGUACGCUCAAGAGCUAUAUUUGGAAGUGGCGGUACUGAGUACUGGUGCCUACAGGCCCACUUAAAGCACUGGCAAUGACUAUACUUUGGAAUUUUUUGCAGUCCACUUAGAAUUCAACAUGGAAAUCAUUUUUGUUUUUUAUUGGCAUUGAUUGUUUUGAAAUUCAAAUGGUACUUACAUGCCUGUGUUUUUAUUUCUGUAAUAAAUAUGGCUUUCAAGCCAACAGUUAAUUUGGAGGAUAUUGAUGGUUUAUUGCAGGUAUGUUGUUUACAUGAGAAAAUCUGUUACAAGUUAAACAAAAAUUCCAAUAAACAAUCAUAUUUUGAAUUUAAA